AUGGAUGUCGAUUCGGCUGUGAACGCCAUGGCUUCCCCUACGAAGAGUAUCCUUGUCACCCCCGGCACGGCGUCAAACCGGCGAAAGACCGUCUCGUUCGGUGAGAGCGUUGUCGAUAACGAACGGAAGCGAGACGAGCCACCCACCAGAUCUUCCAGAACCCCAACAAUUUCGUCCAGCAACAUCAGCAGUCAAUGGUCCGGCUCGUCGGAUAAAUCUAAACCGCGGAGUAAACUCACGCAGGCCUUGAUGGACUCCCGCGAAAAGUCCCCUGCCGGCUCAGAAAUGGAUUCCACGCAAAAGGUUGAUCUUCCAUCCGCGGAAUCGAAAGUUGUGCCGUCAUCCGAGGAAGAUGGCAACGACGACACGGUCAACCUGAAUGAACCUCGCUCUCAAUCUGGAAAAUAUUGGAAAGCGGAAUUUGACAGCUACCGAACGAAAACAACCCGCGAAAUCCGGAAGUUGAUUCAGUAUCGCUCUGCGGCGAAAUCGUACGCGAGAAAGAAGGAUGAGGAGGCCGUGCGGCUGGCCGAAAAGCUGAAAGAGGAGGAGGUCAAAGUUGCGGAUAUGGAGCGUCACGUAACCCAGCUUGCCUCUACCAUGGUGACUGAGAAAUCCAAUGCCGACAAAGAGAAAUUGGUGCAGGAGCUCACCAAGCAGACGGCCUUAGCGCUACAAUACAAACAUCGCGUCGGCUUGUUGCGCAAACUUCUCGAACGACAUGGUGUGGUGGGCGAUGAUAUCCCUGGGUCGCCCGACGUCAGUGACGCACCGGUGGAUAAAUCAUCGCAAGAGCUUCGCAAAACCCAGCAGGAACUGGGUCAGGCCAAUGCGCGAAUUGAAGAGAUGAAAAAGCAGGAAUCCGAAUUCAGCAAUUUGAAGAACCUUGCUCAAAGCUCCGAGCAGAAGGCGUCGGAGCUGGAAAAGGAAAACGUUUUACUCAAACAAACCCUGGCACGCGUGAAGCAGGAGAUGGUCAAAUACGAGGGACGACGCAAGGAGAAGGAAGCCAAACUCAAGCAAAGAGAGUCUAAACUUGAGACUAGAAUCCAAGAAUACCGGGAGCGAUUCCGGACUGCCUCUCAACAGCACCGCGAGCUGGAAGACGACCUUAAGGCCUCCUUCAACGAGGAGCGCCGUCAAAUGCAGGAGCAAAUCGACCUGCUAAAUCUUAAGGUCACCACUCUCGAACGACUUCCUGAACUUCGGGCCCGGACCCGACCUUCAGACAGCCCUCGUAAAAGCUACCCGGGGGUCGAGGUGUACGAUUUCGCGCAUACCAACCCUCAGAAGAACCAACACCAAAAUGACGAGACGACCGACGUUGACGAACCACCAAGCCCCAGCCCUCGAGCCAAGGACCGACGCUCUCUUGGUCCCCGAACGGCACUGGGUGAAUUGGAUGUGAAAAUGGCCAGCAAAGCUCUGGGUCUUCACGAAGACGACGACACCCAUAACGACGAAUCAAUAAACAUCGGACACUCGCCUCACAAGACGGCCAGAAUCCACCUACAGGGCGGCGAGGACCCUGUUCCACCAUCUUCACCCCCCGAUGUCCAAUCUCUCGAACCCUCCACCCGACCGCGUACAACAAAACAAAAAUAUAACCCGGACAGUUACCGUUCGUACCUGCCGUCCCAUUCAACCAUGACUUCUCUCGCCCACCACCUCGCCGGCAUUGAUGAAAGCCAACAAGUCCGCACCGAGCGCCUGCGCAACCGUCGCUCCCCUACGAAAUACAGCCUCGACGCCCUCUCCGGCCUCCCGGAAACCCAUCACCUCACCGAUCGAACGCGCAAACGACAGAGUCUUAGCGCUCUCCAACGGGGCUCACUACCUGUGGACCGCCUGAUCGCCGCUCAGGCACGACUUAAACGCCGAGACGAACACCGAAAGAUCAAAGAUGACGGCAAAGAGAACAUUCGGGCCUACAGCACCAAUCCUUGA